CACAAGCAGCAUUACUGCUUAGUAACUAGUAACAGCAAGAGUUAGCUAGCAAAUGGCUAUGUCUAAGUACUGCGGCAAUGGCGGCUACGACUACGGCUACAACUACGGCUACGGCUACAGCAAGCCGCAGGUGAGCUACCACAGCCAAAGCUCCGAGCAGGUGACCACCGUCGUGACACAGAUGGACGGGAUGAGCGUCAACGAGAAUUCGUGCUACGGCGUCGCCGGCGGCGGCGGCGGCGUGCAGAAGAAGAAGUCGUUCCGGGAGGAGGUGUACGAGGAGGACGACGUCCAGGUGCUGUACCCGACCCACAACGGUGGCGCCGUGAAGAAGCAAACCUACAAGGAGGAGAAGGAGGACGAGGUGUACGAGGAGGGCGGCGGCGGCUACGCUCGCCAGCACGGCGGCGGCGCCGGCGGGCAGAAGCAUGCCUACCAGCAGGAGGUGUUCGACAAGUACGACGCCGGUGGGUACGCUCGCCAUAGUGGCGGCGGCGUGCAGAAGCAGUACUCCUCCUACCACAAGCAAGAGGAGUGCGCCGCCGCCGGUGGGCGCGCCCGCCAGCACAACGGCGGCGGCGGCGGCGUGCAGAAGCAGUACUCCUCCUACCACGAGCAAGAGGGGUACGUCGCCGGUGGGCGCGCUCGCCAGCACACCGGCGGCGGCGUGCAGAAGCAGUACUCCUCGUACCACGAGCAAGAGGAGUACGCCGCCGGAGAGUAUGCUCGCCACAACGGCGGCGGCGUGCAGAAGCAGCACUCCUACCACGAGGAAGAGGAGUGCCACGCCGGCGGCGCCGUGAAGAAGCACACCUACAAGAAGCAGGAGGUGAUCAACGGUGCCCACGGCGGCGAGUACAAUCGCCACAGCACCGUCGCGGCGGUGGCCGGCGGUGGGCACCGCUACGGCGGCGCUGCGGCAACGUACGGCUCCGGCAACGCGUGCAACAAGCAGCAGGCGUACUACCACCAGUCGUCGUACGGCUGCGAGGAGGAGGACGGGUCGAACGACGACGACAGCGACGACGACGACGAGUGCGAGGACGACGACAGCGACGACGACGACGACUGCCCCCCUAGCCGCCAAGGCAGCGUCGUCCACGGCUACCAGGCGUACCAGCACGAGGAGAAGCAUCGCGCCGGCCGCAACCACGGCGGCGCCGGCACGCGCCACUACCACGCUUACGAGUGCCGCGAGGAGCACGGCGGCGCGCAGCGCUACGAGAAGUACGAGAGCUCCACUCAGGUGGGCUACGCCGCCGCCGGCCGCCGCGGAUGUGUGCGAGCCAAGGUCAGGCCGGGCAACAUCAUGGUCUAAUCAGCCAACCAUGCAUGCCUUGCAUGCAGCUCCUGCUUCUUCCGUGAUGCAACGUAUCCCUCUCGCUGAUUAGGCGUUAAGGCAUAUCCGUGACGUUAACUGCGUUGUCAAUGCGCUUAAUGUGCGGCUUGACCUCUAAGUGUCUAGAAUAAACUGUUCGACAUGCUUUGAUUAAUAUGCGACUUAUCUAUUGCAUCGAAAAUAAAUUGCAAGGAUGUAUAAUAAGCUCUUAUAAAGCGAAAGGUUUGACGAGUCUUUGUUUGAACUUAUUUGUUACUGUUGCUAGGGACAUAUUUGGCACGAGGUGGUGAGGGCUUGAGCUCCCGCUACCGUCGUUAGGAAC